UGUAGUUGCCAACGGUAGACCGCGGUCGCACGCGUUGGCCCACGGCGCUCGCCGCAGUCGCAGCCUGCAUCUCGGUCUGUGUCGCUGGCAUGUGCCGCGUCGCGCGUCGCCUGUCCCACGAGCUGCCGCGCAUCAUCUUCCAGUCGGAGGAUCCGCCUUCCGCGUCGGCGUGUCGUUGCUCGUCGCUCUGCUUGCGCCCUGCUGCAGCGACCGCGAACACCCGGUGCGUCGUCCUGCUCUCCGGAAACAAGCUGGAAAGUUCACUCGCCUUUCGGCGCAGUCUGCGGACGUGCAACAGGCGUUGAUCGGCCGGACACUGAACUUUGAGUGUUAGCGAAGGCCGGACGCUGUUCCCCUUUGUUUUGUGUUAGCUUUUGUUGGAUUUGUUCAUUUCACGGAAAAAGGAAAACAGAAAGGCAACUGUUUCUUUUAUUCUUCGAAAUAGUCGGUCGACUUUUGUUGGGAAGUGCGGCGUGAAGAAUCCCUGCGCCUCUUCCGAGUGUCGGUGCGGCUUCUUGGACGUGCCCCCGUCGCCCCCGGCGACGCGAGUGGCCGCUGAGUUUGCGUCAUUCGGCCUUGGUUGAUUGUUCCGCGAUAAGGCGGCCCAUCGACGCGGGCUUUCUGGGCUCGCCACCGGCCGACGACAGUCAUGGUCUUCGUGUUCGGCUCGGACCGCCGUCUCCACGCCAAGUGGUCGAUGACGGACCUGUCUCCAGAGCGCAGCACGCCUCCGCCCAAGGCCUCUGCCAUGGCGGCCAACGGGGGAGACCUGAACAGCGUGGUCGAGAACCUGGCCAAGUCGUCGCAGCUGAGCAACAAAGCCAACAGCGCGUCGCUCUCGUCCUCGUACAGUAGUUCCGAGAAGCACUCUUCCAGCUCUUCACAGAAGGUGCUGAAGAGCUCCACGUCGUCGAGCACCAGCUCGGGGUCGCUGCUGAACAAGAAGUCUCAGGUGCUGCACUCGCUGGCGAGUUCGCAGCAGCAGCAGCAGGAGAACAUAACCAGCAGCAGCAACUUCAGCCGCAGCGUGAGCGUGAGCAGCAGCUCCAGUUCCAGCAGCGACUCGAGGCUGAAGAUGAUCUCGUCGCAGCGUGGCUUCUCGGUCGACUGCGGUGUGCCGGAGGAAGAGGAGACGGCCGUGCGCGAGUCUACGCCCUCCGAGGUCCGCUACGAGCAGAAGAGGGUCACCUCGUCGGCCAAGAGCAAGCUGGUGGCCGACGGCGUGACGGCCGAGAAGACUGCCACCAGCAACAAGGAGACCAAGCGGCUGCAGGCGGGCGACGUCACGUUCCAGGAGAAGCAGCAUUCCCAGGCCGUGAAAGCCCGCUUGGAGGGUGAAGGUUUCGCUGCAGAAAAGGUGGCUGCCAUGAAGCAGGACCAGAAGCAGCUCAAGGUGGGCGACACCAUGCACCAGCAGCAGAAGACUGCGAUGGCGGCAGCCAUGAAGCUGUCAACAGAAGACUACACCGCCGAGCAAAUUGCCAUGGCCAAACAAGAGGAGCACCAGCUCUUCAGUCAGGGUCUGCUGCAGCAGGAAAAGAGCAUGGCUUCUGCGGCGGCUUCCAAGCUGGUUGUCAGCUCCAAGGGAGUAUCCAAGUCAUCCAUGUCCCACCAAAGCGUGAAGCAAACAGACUUCAGCGGAUCAGGUUCUCCUAUUGUCACGUCGCCCACAAUGGAACCGUUCAACCUGCCGCCCCUUCCAUCCAGCCAGAGGUUAGCACUCAACCAAGGUGUCGCGGAGGAUUUUGAGAUGCUCCGAUCGCCAACCAGUCAGUCCGACGUCGAGAAGGCCAUCUCAAGGUUCGCCAGCCGCAUGAGUGUCUGCGUGGAACAGCUGAAGACGGCAGACGAUGCCGAAGCCAUCGAGCUUCUCACCGCUAUGGUGGGCAUCAUCCGCAAGGCGUGGGCGGUGCCCACGUACGGCCACGACCUAGGCUUUACCAUGUGCAGUAUCCUUCGGCUGAACGGAGGUUUGGAUGUCCUACUCAACAACUGUUCCACCGGCAGCGAAGAGCUCCAGUUUGCCAGUGCGAGGCUUCUGGAGCAGUGUCUUUCUACGGAAAACAGGUCCUACGUGGUCGAGCACGGACUCGAGGCUGUGGUGCAGGUGGCCUGCGCGUGCAGUAACAAUAUCCAGGCGUCGUUUGCGAGAGUCGGCACGGGAAUCCUCUGCCACCUGUUCAAGCACUCGGAGACAACGUGUAGCCAGCUGAUUCGCAUGGGCGGACUAAAGGCGAUCCUCUUCGAUUGUCGAGCGUGCGACGUGGAGACGUUGCGGCACUGUGCGUCAGCACUGGCUAACCUGAGUUUGUACGGCGGGCCCGAAAACCACCAGGCGAUGAUCAAGCACAAAGCACCCAUGUGGCUGUUCCCGCUAGCGUUCCAUCAGGACGACAACAUCAAGUACUACGCCUGCCUGGCGAUCGCGGCGCUUGUGGCCAACAAGGAGAUCGAGGCGGCAGUCAUGAAGUCUGGCACACUAGACCUCGUGGAGCCGUUUGUGACCAGCCAUAACCCCGAAGAGUUCGCCAGAAGUCACGUGGCACACGUCCACGGACAGUCCAAAGAUUGGUUGCUGCGCUUUGUGCCUGUGCUAGACAGCAACCGAGAGGAAGCCCGCAGCCUGGCCGCCUUCCACUUCGCCAUGGAGGCCGGCAUCAAGAAGCGCCAGGGAAACACGUCGGUGUUCGCCGAGAUCGGGGCUCUCGAGGCGCUUCGCAAGGUGGCCAGCUCUCCCAAUGCCAUCGCGUCCAAGUUCGCAGCCCAGGCGCUGCAACUGAUCGGCGAAGAGGUGCCCCAUAAGCUCUCCCAGCAAGUUCCUCUCUGGACAGUCGAAGACGUGAAGGAGUGGGUGAAGCAGAUUGGUUUCACGAACUACGCUCCAGAGUUCGUCAGUAGCCGAGUGGACGGUGAUCUGCUGCUGCAGCUGGAUGAGCCCAUGCUCAAGGAAGACAUUGGCAUCAAGAACGGCAUCCUUAGAAGAAGGUUCUUGCGCGAGCUGUCCCUUCUGAAGCGAAUGGCGGACUACUCGUCGGUAGACACAACCAACGUGAACGAGAUCCUGCAGAGUCUGGGCACGGACUUCAGUCAGUACACGUACCGGAUGCUCCAGAGCGGUGUGGACAUCGAAUCGCUCAAGAUGCUCAACGACGAACAGCUGUCCCACGAGUGCGGCAUCGACAACUCCAUCCACCGGCUGCGCAUUGGACAGGCCAUACGCGGUCUCAACCAGACUGCGGAUGACGUAGACGAAAUCGAGCGAAACAAGAGCCUGGACGUUUUCGUCAGCUACAGGCGUUCUAAUGGAUCCCAGCUUGCAAGCCUCCUGAAGGUGCACCUGCAACUGCGGGGCUUCUCGGUGUUUCUGGACGUGGAGCGGUUGGAAGCGGGGAAGUUUGACAACAACCUGCUCAACAGCAUUCGGCAGGCCAAGCAUUUUUUACUCGUCCUCACGCCCAACGCCCUGGACCGGUGCCUGGGGGACAACGACCGCAAAGACUGGGUGCACAAGGAAAUUGUGGAAGCCCUCCAAAGCCAGUGCAACAUCAUUCCAAUCCUGGACAACUUCCAGUGGCCGGAGUCUGAGAUGCUCCCAGAAGACAUGAGAGCAGUCUGUUACUUCAACGGUGUUCGGUGGAUCCACGACUACCAGGAUGCGUGCGUGGACAAGCUGGAGCGCUUUAUGCGGGGCGAGAUGAACGUGCGGAGUGAUGGGCCCCUCGGGCGCUACGUGGGCAUGGGCGGACCCGGCACCCCCGGCACACCGAGCACCCUUGCCAGCUGCCGUGCGGCCGUGUACCAGCGCAGUGCCAGCAAUGACAGUGCAAAGGGCAGCACAUGCUCAGACAAGGACUCCAACAACGGCCGUCUGGAGCAGUCCCCUCCUCAGCCGCACUGCUGAUAUAGGGAGCCCCAAACCUUUUGGGCUCGUGCAAUCAAGAACAGAUGCAGUGCAAUGUUUGGACGACCUGGUCACAUGCUGGUCCAUCUGCGGAAAUGGAUUCCAACACCAGCGCACCACUCGUCGACUCAAGGUGUGAUGGUCAUUCAAGAAAAAGAAAGAACCAAGCAAACAUCUCCACACCGAAAGUGUCAAGGCCACGUCUAGAAGCCUGAAAGUUCCAGUGGUGCUGAACGCUUUGGUGUUCCAAAGAAGCCAACCCAAAGCUUCGUGGGGCCGAUGCUCCCAAGUGACGGCAGGAGUGUAGCACUCGUAAGCUUGCCAAGAAGCAUAGUAUUGCCACGAAACUGGGCAGGGUGUGGAGAGCCCGUGACAUUUCCAUUGCCAAUGAGGAGUCCUCAAAUCGGGUGGGGUAGCAGACACCAAACUGCUUUGCGGAAUAAUCCAUUUUGUGCAUAGUCCAACUCCCAGAUGAAAUACCUCAUGCAUACAAAGCCGAUAAUUUGGCAUGGACUCCUGCUUUUGGGGCAUUAUCCCAUUUGUCACAGUUUGGGACUUGCCCUUCCGGUACCAGAGUCUGGCACCAACUGUUUAAUGUCUCUGUAACCAAAGGUGCUCGACUGCCUACACGGGGAACUUGUUGAAAGUUCGAGAGUCGUUCACGUAUUAGAAGCAGUAAGAUACGUAUUAUCAUUUUAGUCAAUUCUGGAAGCUUUUAGCAAUUUGGAAGUAUUCCUGCAGGGAUUAUGCAUAACCAAGUAUGCCCAUUAGUUAUGAAGGCAUCGGUGACUCUUGAUAUGCAAGUGUUCCUUGUCAAAUAUACAUACACUUCCUCGGAUGUCUGGAUGUCCUAGCAAUUCGGCUUGCAAUCUGCAUUGAAUUUCCGUCCAGCCAUCUGCCAGUGCUAUCAUCUUACCUCACUCCUUAUAGUAAUAGGUAUUUAUUACAAUAUUGUCUACUUUUUUUUUAACCGCAUGUCCCCCAAGACUAUAGGUUAUGAUUGAAGGUUACUGAUUUCUCUAUGCAUAUCAAUGAUAUGCAUAACUUGCUGAAGAGAGAAAAUCUGUCCUGCAUUUGUUGUCGAUAGUCAUUGUAAAUUAUUACAGCAAAGGUGCUGGCACCUUUGAAGCUUUAGCAUUUUUAAGUCACCUGUUUGUUUGGUGCUUUGUUUCUGCACUCUUAGGUUAGUAAUUUUUGCUCCAUGCACUUUAUGCAUGCAGUGACAAAGACAAACAUUUUCAUGUGUACAUAUAGCAGGUUGUUUUCAAAUGCCAUCAUGAAAAAGCUAAAUAAACUGGUUUUAUAUUGUA